GGCAGUGCCCCAGGCAGCCCAGGCCUGGGCCUAGGCAGCCUCGGGGAGGACCGCUUUCCAGUGGUGAACACGGCCUACGGGAGAGUGCGCGGUGUGCGGCGCGAGCUCAACAACGAGAUCCUGGGUCCCGUCGUGCAGUUCUUGGGCGUGCCCUACGCCACGCCACCCCUGGGUGCCCGCCGCUUCCAGCCGCCUGAGGCCCCUGCCUCUUGGCCCGGCGUACGCAACGCCACCACCCUGCCGCCCGCCUGCCCACAGAACCUGCAUGGGGCGCUGCCCGCCAUCAUGCUUCCUGUGUGGUUCACCGACAACUUGGAGGCAGCCGCCACCUAUGUGCAGAACCAGAGCGAGGACUGCCUGUACCUCAAUCUCUACGUGCCCACCGAGGACGGUCCGCUCACAAAAAAACGUGACGAGGCGACGCUCAAUCCGCCAGACACAGAUAUCCGGGAUUCUGGGAAGAAGCCGGUGAUGCUGUUUCUGCACGGCGGCUCCUACAUGGAGGGCACUGGGAACAUGUUCGAUGGCUCCGUCCUGGCCGCCUAUGGCAACGUCAUUGUAGCCACGCUCAACUAUCGUCUUGGGGUGCUCGGUUUUCUCAGCACCGGAGACCAGGCUGCAAAAGGCAACUAUGGACUCCUGGACCAGAUCCAGGCCCUGCGCUGGCUCAGUGAAAACAUUGCCCACUUUGGGGGUGACCCCGAGCGUAUCACCAUCUUUGGGUCUGGGGCAGGGGCCUCCUGUGUCAACCUUCUGAUCCUCUCCCACCAUUCAGAAGGGCUAUUCCAGAAGGCCAUUGCCCAGAGUGGCACUGCCAUUUCCAGCUGGUCUGUCAACUACCAGCCGCUCAAGUACACACGACUGCUGGCAGCUAAGGUGGGCUGUGACCGGGAGGAUAGUGCUGAAGCUGUGGAGUGUCUCCGCCGAAAGCCUUCCCGGGAGCUGGUGGACCAGGAUGUACAGCCCGCCCGCUACCACAUCGCCUUUGGGCCCGUGGUGGAUGGUGACGUCGUCCCGGAUGAUCCUGAGAUCCUCAUGCAGCAGGGAGAAUUCCUCAACUAUGACAUGCUCAUCGGUGUCAACCAAGGAGAGGGCCUCAAGUUUGUGGAGGACUCAGCAGAGAGUGAGGACGGUGUAUCCGCCAGCGCCUUUGACUUCACAGUCUCCAACUUUGUGGACAACCUGUAUGGCUACCCGGAGGGCAAAGAUGUGCUGCGGGAGACCAUCAAGUUUAUGUACACAGAUUGGGCUGACCGGGACAAUGGUGAGAUGCGACGCAAGACCCUGCUGGCGCUCUUUACUGACCACCAGUGGGUGGCACCAGCCGUGGCCACCGCCAAGCUGCAUGCUGACUACCAGUCUCCUGUCUACUUUUACACCUUCUAUCACCACUGCCAGGCUGAGGGCCGGCCCGAGUGGGCAGAUGCAGCACAUGGGGAUGAGCUCCCCUAUGUCUUCGGUGUGCCCAUGGUGGGUGCCACUGAUCUCUUCCCCUGCAACUUCUCUAAGAAUGAUGUCAUGCUCAGCGCCGUGGUCAUGACCUACUGGACCAACUUCGCCAAGACUGGCGACCCCAACCAGCCAGUGCCACAGGACACCAAGUUCAUCCACACCAAGCCAAACCGCUUCGAGGAAGUGGUAUGGAGCAAGUUCAACAGCAAGGAGAAGCAGUACCUGCACAUUGGGUUGAAGCCACGUGUGCGUGACAACUACCGCGCCAACAAGGUGGCUUUCUGGCUGGAGCUUGUGCCCCACCUGCACAACUUGCACACAGAGCUCUUCACCACCACCACACGCCUGCCUCCCUAUGCCACGCGCUGGCCACCUCGCCCACCCCCUGGUGCCCCAGGCACACGCCGGCCCCCACCACCUGCCACCCUGCCACCGGAACCUGAGCCCGAGCCAGGCCCCAGGGCCUAUGACCGCUUCCCCGGGGACUCCCGGGACUACUCCACAGAGCUGAGCGUCACUGUGGCUGUGGGCGCCUCCCUCCUCUUCCUCAACAUUCUCGCCUUUGCUGCCCUCUACUACAAGCGGGACCGGCGGCAGGAGCUGCGGUGCAGACGGCUCAGCCCUCCAGGUGGCUCAGGCUCUGGUGUGCCUGGUGGGGGCCCCUUGCUCCCCGCCACUGGCCGAGAGCUACCACCAGAAGAAGAGCUGGUGUCACUUCAGCUAAAGCGGGGUGGUGGUGUUGGGGCGGACCCUGCUGAGGCUUUGCGCCCCGCCUGCCCACCCGACUACACCCUGGCCCUGCGCCGGGCACCAGACGAUGUGCCUCUGUUGGCCCCUGGGGCCCUGACCCUGCUACCCAGCGGCUUGGGGCCACCACCUCCCCCGCCGCCACCUUCCCUCCAUCCCUUUGGGCCCUUCCCUGCCCCUCCUCCCACCGCUACCAGCCACAACAACACACUACCCCACCCCCACUCCACUACCCGGGUAUAGGGGGCAGCUUGGGGGGGCCCUCCUUCCCAGCCCUCCCGCUCGCAGGAAGUGCCACUUGGAAGGCAAGGAAGAGGACUUGGCAACAGGCUUUUCUCUUGUGGAGUUUUCACAUGUCGAGAAGCAUUAGGUGGAAAUGGGUUUCCUCACAGGGAUGCGUGUUUCUCCCAUGCAGAGAGGCCCAUUCUCUUCUCUGGACCUGGGCUUUUGAACAACUGGGGGGGCAUUUGUCUCCUCUAUUGGGACACCAGUCUUCGAUGUGUGGAAGCGUGGAAGAAUUUUCCCACGCGAAGGUGUACUUUCUCACUAGGGGGUGUGUUUUCCCAUGUGCAGGGUAAGGUUUUUUUUGCCACCCUGGACACAUGUUGGCCCCCUCAAAGAAUUUCUGUGGGAAUUUAAACCUCAGAAUCAUGUUCCCUCAUGCCUUCUCCCAUCUAUUCCCUUCCCCCUACCCCAUGGAGACCCUGGAAGUGGUGUGUUCACAUAUAGUCACAUAUAGUGACCCUUGGCCACCAGAAAAGCAAGAGUGGUACCUGGAAUGUAUUGAGGAAAUCAUAGCCACCCAUUCCCUGCCCCACCCCCCAUCUACCCCGGCAGAGCAUGUUAAGCCCCCGUGGCACAAGUCAGGUGAAGCGCGUUUUGCUGGGUAAGCCUCACCUUCUACAGAUGACAGACACAGAAUCCAUGCCAGGGGGUUGGGAGAUCCAUGCAUCCCUGUGCUGUUUGGGAACUUGUUUUCCCAUGGGUCCAGGGCACAUUUCUCCGAGUGGAAACAUGUUCUUGCAUGUGGAUGUGUGUUUUCCCAUGCAGAUGGUCCCUUUCUUUCCAGCAUUUCCCUGCAUCCCCCAGCACUUAAUGCCUCCUGACACAACAGGUGGAAACAGACUUCAAAUUGACAGAAGCUGAGGGGGAUGUAUAAACCCUGAAGGGAGAGCUCUGCAUCUCCUUUCCCCAGAAAUGAUGGGUUGGGGGUCUGGGGCAUGGGAUCUGCCACAUACUAGAGGCCAUGCAUGUUUGACCAAAGCCCUCACUGGGGUCUGAGGAUAGCCUUUCCCUCAGUCCUCAGACCAUUGCUCAUUCGUGCCAAACUGGGUAGCUGAGUUUUGGGGGAAAGAAACCCCAAAAUGUGCCAAGGAUUCCCCAGUCCUGAGCCAGAGCAGGUAAACGUGGAGGCAGAUGGGAUAUGGGGGAGGGGGAGGUGGCAGCUAAAGGGGUCCCACAUGAGUUUAUCUUCACCAUCUCUCAUUCCUCCCUCUCUGUCUCAGUUUUCCUUUCCCCCAUUUCUAUCUCCCUCUUUGAAGCCACCCAAUGUCUGUGUUAGACCAGCUUCUACCCUUAGCUGACCACUCCCUUUGACAUGCCUCCUCUUUUCUCAGCUGUCAAAGCUUAAAGAACGAAGUGGUGGAGAGGAGGAAAGCAGGGAAGAAAGGCUUCAGGGGACAGUUUGGGGAGAGAAUGAGAUCAGCUGUGCUGAGGAACAAAUGGAGGGGGCAGUGGAGAACUGGGCUUGGGUAAACACCAGCAGGAAGUAUUUGAAAAGACAUAUGUAAGGUGACUUCCCAGAGGGCACUUGAGAAAGGAUUUGAGUCUACGGGAAAAAGAAUCAUGUCAGGAAGAAAGGGACACUAGUGGAGAAGGAGAGAAUCCUCAUCUGCUGUCAUUUUGUGGGUUGUUAGUGCCAAACUUGAGUAGGGGCUGGGGUGCUGUCUUCCACUGACACCCAGAUCCAGAAUCCCUGGUCUUGGCUCCCCAGAACUUGACUGUCCCUUCUCCCACCUUCACCCAUGGAAACAUCAUUCUUUCCUACCCCUUUUGCCUAGUCUGGUUCCUCUCCAAAUAGCCAUGCCCUCUAAAUGCUAGGGACCUGGGCCCUGAAUCCUAUAGACAGAUGCCCCCCAAAUUGGGGCAUGGGAGAGGGGCUGGGGGACCCCAUGAUUCAGCCACGGACUCCAAUGCCCAGCUCCUCUCCCUAGAACAAUUCCCUGACAAUCCCAUGUCCCCACCCUUUGAGGCUCUGUACACAUUUUUAAACCUGGCAAAAGAUGAAGAAAAUAUUGUAAAUACAAAAGUUUAACUGUUA